CCUGACAACACCCUAUAAACAUGUAAUCAUCCACUCACAGACUGUGUCAAUCUGCCGUGUCUAAAAGUCAGUUUUGAUUGUGGAAACUAGUGCAAAUUUACAGUUCAUCCAAUUUCAUCGCAUUUUGUGAAUAUGCGUAUAGAGUAAAUCAUCAGUGGUAAAAUCCUAGUUAAAUAAUGCCACGUACCACCGAUUCAAGAAGUAAAAUGAACGAUAAAACAUUGGCAGCUAGUGGAAAUACCAACAACUCUCAACAGACGCCUCAGAAAGGGCAAAAGACUAAUCAGGCUCCAUCUCAAACAAGUCAGUAUAGCUGUCCUACGUCGUGUCAAUGCCCCAUACACGGAAAGAAUUUGGAGAAGAAGAAGGAGAAAACAAAAACUGGAAAAGGUUCAGGUAGCAGAAAGAGAUCAAGGUCAAAGUGCAAACAUAGUGGAAGAGCUUAUAACAGUAGUAAGAAAUCAAGAUCAAGGUCCAAACAUGGUAGAAGAGCAGGAAAGAGGAAAGCAAGAACAGAUAAGACUCCUCAAGCUACUAAAUCAAUGAUAGUCCUCAAUAUACUACAAUUAAUCGAAGACUCACAGGCUCGAUCGAAAAGGAAAACAUCUGGUAAACAUUCAUCCGGGAGAAGAGGAAGGUCGCAUAGCCGUUUAUCGAAGAACAGAACGAAAUCUGGUUUACCUGGUCUUACAAAAUCAGGGAUUGGAUCGAAGAGGAAAAAAUCUGAGAAACGUUCAUCCAGGAUGAGGGGAAGUUCCCUUAGCGGUUCAUCAAAGAAGAGAAGCAAAUGUGCAAAAAGCUCUUCUAGAAGACGAAAAGGUACAAGCUAUUCCUCUACGAGGAAACGAAAAAGUGGGUAUGGUAGCAAAGGCGAAAGACACUAGAGGAGCGUAAAAAGUCGUCUGAAGGAAGUAUUUGUUGAAAAACUGUGUAUGAAUACAAUUUUGUUGUGUAUUUUUCUCUGAUGGUCGUGAUGCGAUGUUUAUUAAAAGUCUUAUCCACUAUGGCACCAAUUUAUACCUUUUUACUUUACUAAGAAGAUAAUAUGAGUACAUUUUAUUCUAAGAAUGGUAUAUGGCAAAACCCUUCGCAGUUCGCAGUUAAAACAAAGUUUCCAAUUCAAAUUC